AGAAACUGCAAGUCCUCUGUUUGAACACCAGGAGGCUCAGAAACACUGCACAGCAGCGAUGAGAGGAGGCUGCGAGCAGAGUUUGUGCACCGGAUGCAGAACUCAGAAUGACGGCCCACAGUCGCCCUGCCUGUUACUCUUGCUUCUGCAGGACAGGUCAGCGUGGGAAGAGCUGUCCUGUGCCGAAACGGUAAUUUAAGCUGCCAAGUAUCGUUUUGAACAAGAUGCUGCUGGGGCCUUCCGUCUGUGACUUGUGUUCUGAAAACCCACGCAUCUUGACAGCACUAAUGAAAAUAGUACUCGGUAUGCAAUGAAUCAACAGAAGUGUAAACUAGGGGCAUGAUCCCCUUCUUGGCUUCCAGAAUCAAUCAACAAUAGCCCUUUGAUACAAGACUUAUGUCUUACCAGUCUGGCCUUUGGAUAUGUCUUGUCCAGGAUUCUUUCAUCACCCCUGCCUGCCUGAGUUGAUUGGAAAGGAGUCACGGCUACAGCGUGCACCUUGAGAACUACAGCUGUUGCCUCUAGUUAUCCCCUAGUUGCUCUAAGAUUCAGCAGCCGAUUUGCAAUAUCCCUUAAACAACACUAAUCAGAUACUGCAUUUAAGGUGAGCGGUUCCUUGCCUCCUGUUUAACCAGAUCUGUGCUGCUGUAGCGUGUGCAUCAUGCUGCUGCUGCAAGCCUAAAAUGGCAGGCAGGAUUAAUGUUGCUUGUGCUGUCUGCAUGCUGUGGAUACAGAAUUCAUUAUGCCAUGCCUAGUAUUUCUAAUGGGAGUAUGUAAAUGGUCUGUGUGCCAUAUCAUGUCGUAGUGAAGACUUGGGCUUCCUGAUGGGCAUAACUAUUUAAGCAGCCACCUUUAGCAUUCAAUUUCAUUUUCAGUGUAGUGGGCUGUUAGUUUACCGUCGCAUUCUAAACCAGCAUUAGCUCUAUUUCUUUUUUAAUUUGGUUUUUUUUUUUAAGCAAACUCUGCUUCCAGGUGGGGUCAGUCUUAUUCCUCUUGCCUUUACUGCUAUUUAAAUAAUGGAUGUUGUAUUGUUAAUUAAUGGCAAUAUCAAAUUUAAAGCCCUUGGAAGUGACAUAUUUAUUAUGCAGGCACGUCCAAUCUAUUUUUAACUCUUACGCAGUCUGCGUGUGUUGUGCAGUGGGCUUUGGCUGCUGAGUUUUUCCUUUUCAACAGGGAUAGCACUAGGCUGAUUUUCAACAAAUGUGACAAGUGGCCUUUGCAGUGGUCAGCUUUGAACCCUCAAAAGGGAAGAGGGGGGGUGAGCAGGAAGCCCUUUGCUGCAGCUUAUUAAAAAAAAAAAAACCACCACCCACCACCUUGGAUGAGGGCAUCUCCUCCCUCCCUGACAGACGGACACACUUCUGUCCUUCCCAUUGAUAAGUUCAGCUAUCUUGAUCACAGUCCAUUCAAGCAAGCUGCUUUUUUAAAAGAGCUAUUUAUUUUAUUUUUUUGAGACAUCUAAGAUUUCAGCGUCUCUCCCUCACUUUGUAUACAAAUGGCUGGGUGCAAUGCCGUGCUAAGACUUCAUUAAGACAUAUACACAGAUUUCUUCUUCAGGCCCCAGCCCUAUGUUGCCGGCUGUUUCGGAUACAGUUGUUGAUAUUAUAUCUGUCUUCGGGAGCGCUUCAUUUUCUUUGCAGCAUCAUUUGCGGGCAUGCAAAUUACAUUUUGUGUGUGUGUAUAGGUAUGUAUAGAUGUUUAUUUUUUAUUUAUUUACAGUGGUACCUCAGGUUAAGAAUUUAAUUCAUUCCCGGAGGUCCAUUCUUAACCUGAAACCAUUCUUAACCUGGGGUACCAUUUUAGCUAUUGGGGCCUCCCGCUGCCGCCGCUGCGCAAUUUCUGUUCUCAUUCUGAAGCAAAGUUCUUAACCCGAGGUACUAUUUCUGGGUUAGCGGAGUCUGUAACCUGAAGCGUCUGUAACCCGAGGUGCCACUAAUUUAUUUAUUUCAUUAUAUACCACCUUUUCUCCCAGAGAGCUCAAGGUGUUGCACAUGGUUCUCCUCCCCAUUUUAUUCUUACAACAACCCUGUGAGGUAGGUUCGGCUGAGAGGCAGUGAUUGGCCCAAGGUCACCCAGUCAGCUUCAUGGCUGAGUGGGGAUUUGAACCCUGGUCUCCCAGGUCAUAGUUCAUAAUUCACUCUCUCUUUCUGUGUGUGUGUGUGUGUGUAAAUUCUCUCUGUUUGUGUAUCAGAAUAAUUAAGCCAGUAAAUGUUUAGCCAAUAUCCUUUUUUAAGUGCAAGAAAACAAACUUAGGACAUGAUCCAGUCAAAAAGCUCUUUUGAAUCACAUGGAUUUCAGCAGAAGAGAUUAAGCAUGUGCUUGAAAACAAGGGACUUCAAAGUGUUUAACUGGAUCAUGCCCCAAAUAGCAGCAAAUACCUUUCGAAGCAAACACAUGCAGGCAGCAAACAAAUACAUUUCAAAUUGUAAGACAAAACCCUACUUUUCCAAGACCUUGCUUGUGUUAUUCUUAGCUUAAAGGUAAAGGUAAAGGGACCCCUGACCAUUAGGUCCAGUCGUGACCGACUCUGGGGUUGCGCGCUCAUCUCGCAUUAUUGGCCGAGGGAGCCGGCGUAUAGCUUCCAGGUCAUGUGGCCAGCAUGACAAAGCCGCUUCUGGCAAACCAGAGCAGCACAUGGAAACGCCGUUUACCUUCCCGCUGUAGCGGUUCCUAUUUAUCUACUUGCAUUUUGACGUGCUUUCGAACUGCUAGGUUGGCAGGAGCUGGGACCAAGCAACGGGAGCUCACUCCGUCACAGGGAUUCGAACCGCCGACCUUCUGAUCAGCAAGCCCUAGGCUCAGUGGUUUAACCACAGCGCCACCUGGGUCCCUAUUCUUAGCUUGGCUAUGUUCUUUUGUAUGUACAUUAAAUACCCAGUGGUGUUAAUUGUGGUUUGGGUUCUUUCAGGGCUGUAUUAUUAGAGAAAUAUAAACAGAUCAAAAGCCAGUCUCUUUUAGGGAUCUAGACUGGUGCUCAAUCCUUGUGCCCUGUUGCAGAAGAAGUGAGAUGUGAUAUACCAUUGUCUCCCGCAAUUUCUAAAGCUGUUUCAAAUUUAAAGAGAUAACAACGAUGUCGCAGCCAGUUGCAGAACAACAGAUGUUAUAUAGUUACUGACGUGCAGCCCCAUGAUUGUUGUCAUGACGUGUGCAAUAUGCUAAUCACUACACUUUGAUUUGCUACUAUACUGUCAACCCACAUGCCCACAACAAACAUGGCUACCAUGACUUCUCCUUUCAAUCUAGGACUAUUUUUUCCAAUUAAAACAAAAACAAAAAGAUCAUUUUAGCCUUAUUAAAUGCAGAAUGGGAUAUUGAUAAUGAUUUGAGGAUAAUUUUGGAAAAUAGCUGUAUUGAAACAGACAUACAGCCUUGGUUCUAAAUUAUUGCUUGACAGCAAUUAUCCAUAAACAGGAGACAUCAUGUUAAAGAAAUGUGAAGAUGAUUUCUAGUUGCACAACAAAUUCAGUAAAUAAAAGAUGCUGUUGCUAAGGGUAAAAUUAAAAGUGUUGUUUAUUAAUCAUAAGCCGAUAAUAGCUAACAGCUUAUUUAUGAAUAGCUCAUUCACAUUAUUGAAAUUACGUCAGGAAUUUUUCUUUCCACUAGUUUGCUGCAAUUCUUCUUUGUACCUAGCUCCAUCUUGUGGUUAUGUAUGUUAUGAGACACAAACAGAAGAUAUGCUGAAUAAUUGGCGAGUGGGGUGGGUGGGAUUUCAUAUAGAGUUUCAUGGAACUGAGGAGAAUUCAAAACAUACAUCCUUCUAGGGGUUAGGUUGCAAUGGAAGUCUGCUCAACACAUUUUGGUCAGAAGUAUGUUACAACCUUCUCCAGAUCUGAAGGAGGGGAAAGCUAUUUUUCUGAAAUGUUGAACGUACAGCUGGUUCUUGUGUCAACAACAGCUACAACAAAAAUGAUUACUGCUUUCAGUUCAAGUUACAGGUAGGUAGCCGUGUUGGUCUGACGUAGUCGAAACAAAAAAUAAAAUAAAUUCCUUCCAGUAGCACCUUAGAGACCAACUAAGUUUGUCAUAGGUAUGCUUUCAGUUCAGUUAUUACUACAGCAUCUAUGGCUCAUAAUCAGUGUACAGAGUGGUUUUAAAAGUAGCAUAAGCAAUGGAGGGCUCCAUGUUUUUUAGUUGGGUUUCUCUCUGGGAAAAUCCUUAUUUAGUUGUCAUGUAGAGGACUGGUAAAUAGCACCCCAGGAGAUGACCCCAUAAUCUCAGCUGUGAAAUAAAUAGCAUUACUUCGUCCCUGUCCAUCCCUGCUCCACUACAUCAUUCUCCUCCUCCUAAUUCAAUUGGGUUCCCAACAUGUUUACAUGGCACCUGUUAUUUUCCUCUAAUUAGAAAUCUGCCUUGUUCUGCAUUCUCAAGGCACCAGUAGCUUACUACUUAGAAACAGUUCUGCCAUAUUUCCUGCUGCAUCGUCCACAGGAGUGAGUGGGCAGGAGAUCAGCCCAGUAAUGUUUUGUCAAUAUGAACAUCCGGAGGAAAAGUUGACAACAUGUAUUUCUGGACUUGAAAAAUAACCCCUAUCAAUAGCUUCAGUUGUGAAAUCUACUUUAGACAUCAGAAGCUUGUGCUUCUAAUUCCGUAUCACAUGAGCAAAGCUGACGUAAUCUCAGACCUUGUCUAAAGGAAGAACAGUUGCUAAUACAGUGUUAUCUGUAGGGUUGUGGCUGCUUGCCUGAAGCAGGAGUCCUGUCAGUACUUUUUAUGUUCUAGAUCUUUUCUUGUACUCCCAGCUCCAUAAUUAUGUAAGUUUCCAUAUAUGGGACCCACCAGAGCUAUGUUAACUAAUGCAAAUUUCAGGUCAGUAACUUUCUGAUUACUGUGAACUAACAUUUCCUUUUCUGUGUUAAUAUUUGAGAUCUAUGGAUACAAAAGAGGAGGAACAACUUCUGAGUUAUGCACCUUGUAAACUUUACUUGCAAAAUGCUUUGAAAUUUGUCCAUUUGCAGUUCUGAUAAGACUGUAUUUCACUGUUCCUCUUAAGCUAUAUAUGUGUUGGGGGGUACCACUGAUUUUACUGCUGACCUUUGCCAAAUGCAUUUUAAAAUAGUUUUAUAUUUUAUAGCUAGCAUCUUAAUAUAGUUUUAUAAACAACAUAUAACAAUGCUUUAUAUGUAGUGCCAAAAAUUUAACCCCUGACCACAGCUGGACCCCUGUGGUUACUGGAAGGAAAGGUACAGUGAUGAAAUUAAUUCAUUCCGCGAGUCGCUUCGUAUUGCGAAAAUUUCAUAUUGCGAAGUGCAGUUUCCCAUAGGAAACAAACACAAAAAAUUUGAAAAAAGGUUGUCUUGUGAAGCACGGAAAAAUUUGUCUUGCGAGUCACCAAAAAAAGCGCAAACCCCUUUCGUCUUGCGAGUUUUUCACUGCGCGAGGCAUCACUGUACUUUUUCAUGUGCUUGCCUCCCCUCCCCAAUGCACUUUGCUUCUUUUGUGCCUCCUUCCAUCCUGCCCCCUGCCCGGUGUUGUCAUUGUACAGUGAUCAUGAAAUCAUAAAAUUGUAUAGUUGGAAGCAACCAUGAGGGUAAUCUAGUACAAUCCCCUGCAAUGCAGACGUUCUGCUCGCCCCGCCAUCAAUAUCUGUACUGGAUCUGAAAUUUUUAUAUAUGUAAAUUGUUUUAACCGUUUUCAUAUAUGUAAUUGUUUUUAUAUACGCAACUGUUUAUGUUUUAUUGCAUUGCUGAAAUUGCUUUGAAAUGCUUCACAUAAAGUGAUUCAUAAAUGAAAUCACUACAGGUGUCCCCCCCCCCACUUACGCAGGGGCUACGUUCCAAGCCCCUGUGCACAUAAGUGAAAUCACUUGAAGUGGGGAGCACCUUCUAAGCACCCUUCAGAUACCCCUUCUACUGUUCUCUCUUCAAUCAAUACCAAAAAAUACUGCAUCCAAAAUUAUCCAUAACUAGAACUGAAGCUCUGGGGCUAGCCGGAGACUGGAGGAUGCAUUGAAAGGUGGCAGCAGCAGCAGCUGUUGGGCAGGGAGGCUUAGCAGCAUAAACAAAACCCUGCUACACCUCUGGUCUCUUGACUUGGGGGAUUCUUUCGCCCUCACUUAUAUCCUCUUCAGGCUCUGGGGAGGUUUUCCUCAGGAGCCACAAGGAUUCUGCAGCUCUCCUCCACCAUUUCCAGGUCUGAUUUAUUUAUUUACUGGUGCCAUGUGUAUACAUGGUUGUGUGUGAGUUGAUUGCACAUAAAUAGGGGGGGGGGCACACCUGUAAUAAUGAUAUAAAAAAUACUGUGCACAGUAUCCAUUAGGGGGAGCUUCAAAUCCAUUUAUUCCCCUUUUAAAUUUAUUUGCCUUCACCUUCAUUUUUAGAUUGCUCUAUCGGGUUGUCAAAGACUACUUUAAGCUGGUUACAGAUGACCAUCAUGUCCCACUUAAAGGAUCUCAAAGACAACUUCCACAGUGACACAGUCCUUUCCAUCCUAAAUGAACAACGCAAUCGGGGUGUUUUAUGUGAUGUUACUAUAAUUGUGGAAGACACCAAAUUUAAAGCCCACAGCAAUGUCCUGGCUGCGUCAAGCCUUUAUUUCAAAAAUAUAUUUUUGAGUCGUGCUGCAUGUCUUUCUGGACAUGUACUAGAGCUAAACGACCUCAAGGCUGAAGUGUUCACAGAAAUACUCAAUUAUAUCUACAGUUCCACUGUAGUUGUUAAAAAGCAGGAGACUGUCCUAGACCUUGCAGCUGCAGGGAAAAAACUGGGGAUAUCUUUUCUAGAAGAUCUUACGGGAAAAGGGCCUUCAAAUUCUCCUUGCCCAUACUCAUUUUGCAAUAGUGAAAAGGGCAAAGUAAAAGAAGAAAAAAGACAAGACGAUUCAGCUAUCACAAACGGACCAAGAAUCACAAAUGCAUACUCAAUUUUUGAGACAGAAAAUAGUCAUAAUUUGUUUUCUCCUCUUGAUCUGAGAGCAAGUUUUAAAAAAAUCCCAGAAGCAAAUAAAGCACCCAGCACUGGUCAGGAUAGGAAUGGGGCUUGCAAAGAUGUGGAGCCAGCCAGCACAUUAGCGGAACAUUCCUAUGCUGUAACUACAGGUUUUGAUUCUUUUCAACGAAAUUCCUUUUAUAACAGUGAAAAUAGCGCAGCUUGUAAAAUGGGUGAAGAAGAACCUGAAACUGUCCAGUCAAUGCCUCUAGCUGAAUCCGUAAUUCAAACGUAUAGUAUGCCAAAGGCUGCUUAUAACUCCCAUGACAGUGAAGUACCUACAGCAAAGGGAUCAAACCACAAAGGAACCAGUGUGGAAGGUCACCACAAAGCAGUAAAUGAACACACAAUUUCUUUUGAUAAAUCCCACCCAAAUACUGUCCUCCCUUUGAAGGAAGAUGAAAAUAAACCAGAUCACAUUUCUGGAUCAGUAGUCACAGUCAUUCCACAUGUCUAUAACUGUUCCACCAAACCACUUAAUGAUGGGACCCAGUUCUGCACUCAUCUUCAACUUCACCUACAGCCCCAAGAACCUUUAGUCUGCAGGUACUGCAGCAAACAGUUUGAAAGUGCUACCGGACUAGAGACACAUGAGCAAGUAUGCAGGGAAUUGGGCAGCUUGUGUGCUCCAAGUGAAAAUGAGCAGAGUUGUUUAGAUAAUUUUGCAACUUCUAAUGGAAAAACUGGCACCUCAUAUGUGAACCUAGAGCCUGCAAUGGCAGAAAACAAUCUUCCCGAUUAUUCGGUCACAAACUCUGCAAUGCCAGAAACGGACCACUUUGUUAACGUCGUUGAUGGACAAAUACUUUAUACUUGCAAUGUCUGCAAACGGACCUAUGUCACCUUGUCUAGCCUCCGAAGACAUUCAAAUGUUCAUUCGUGGAGAAGAACUUACCCCUGCCAUUACUGCAACAAAGUAUUUGCAUUGGCAGAAUACCGUACCAGACACGAAAUCUGGCACACAGGAGAAAGGCGAUACCAGUGUAUCUUCUGCCUUGAGACCUUUAUGACGUAUUACAUACUCAAAAACCACCAGAAAGCUUUCCAUGCCAUUGACCAUCGGCUUGGAGUUAAUAAGAAAACGGCUAAUGGCGGCUUGAAGCCAAGUGUAUAUCCUUACAAACUUUAUAGGCUUUUGCCGAUGAAAUGCAAAAGAGCACCGUAUAAAAGUUAUGGAAACUCACCAUAUGAAAGUGUGCAAGCAAAUGUGCAAGAUAAUGAAGUACCUUCUAGUACCUGCAUCGUUCAGAAUACUGUCACUUCUGAAUUGAAUUUUUCAAACACAAGUGUCUCCUUGGAAACAUCUUCAGGGACAGCACCUCUGAACCCUCCAAAUAGUUCUUCCUGGGAAUCUGGUGCAUCAGAAACAGACCUUAAAAAUAAUACUUAUACUACAGAAAUGUCAUUGCCUUUCACAGAACUUAACUCUGGUCCUCAGGAAUCUGAUCCCUCUCUUCAAACGUUUAUUAGUAGCAAUGCCAAUGAAAAUCCAACCUCUGUUAUUAACUACAAUAAUUCAGCAUCCCCUGUAAUAGUGCACCAGGGCAGAGUUUCAUCCGUAAUAAUGCACAGUAACUCUGUCAAUGCAAUAGGAAGCAGCACUAUAGCAACCCCAGAUAUUAUGGCCUGCCAAGGGGCAAGAAAUGACCACAUACAUGGGUCAGAUGAUAUCAAAAGCAAUGCUAGGACAAGAAGCAAUAAGGAAAAGAAAAAAGUACCACUGUAUGACAAAGAAGAGACAUUGGAGGAAUCAAAGUAUAUGACAAAUACAGAAGUCUCUGACAGACCCACUGGUAUCUUUGAACCUUCGAGUAAGACUGAAACCUACAUUGCAAAACCUGCAUUGCCAGGAACAUCUGCCGAUAGCAAUGUGGCUCCUCUGUGUCAAAUAACAGUUAAAAUUGGGAACGAAGCCAUUGUGAAAAGACAAAUUUUGGGGUCAAAAUUGUUUUACAAAAAAGGAAGGAGACCUAAAUAUGAAUCCAGAGAAGAUCAUGCCACUCAGGUUGCAGAACGAGAAAAGAGAGAGAGAAGUACGCCUCGAGUUUGUCGACCAGACUACAUUGAACUCAAUGAAAUCUGUGAUGAUGUAAGCGACCAUGACUCCAAUGAUAAACCGUGGCGCCCAUAUUACAAUUACAAACCAAAAAAGAAAUCUAAACAACUAAGGAAAAUGAGAAAGGCAAAAUGGAGAGAGAAGUACAAAAGCAGAAAUUUCUACAGAGAAAGUGAAAAGCCAUGCGUCACAAGUUAUGCACUUAGGAACAUUCCUGAAGAAAAGGUCCCUAAUCAGGAGGAGGAUGGCGGAAUGCCGAGUCUUCACUGUGAACUCUGUAAAAAAGAGAGCUCUUCUACUGAAGGAGCCAAGGAGCAUUUACACUGGGAGAGAACUACUGGGUCCUAUAUUUGUGAGCUAUGCCAAAAAGGGUUCCAGAGCCCAUCUGCUCUAAGGAUGCAUAUGCGAUGUCAUACAGGAGAGAAGCCCUACACUUGCAAAACAUGUGGGAAGAGCUUUUCAGUAGCAGGAAACUUGCAGAAGCAUGAAUACACCCACUCAAAUGUCAAGGAGUUUGUCUGUCAGUACUGCAACAAGGCAUUCACUCUAAAUGAAACACUCAAAAUACAUGAGCGAAUCCACACAGGUGAAAAGCGCUACCACUGUCAGUUUUGCUUCCAGAGCUUCUUGUACCUUUCUACCAAAAAGAAUCAUGAGCAAAAGCAUAAACGUGAGCAUAACGGGAAGGGAUAUGCCUGUUUUCAGUGCCCAAAAGUUUGCAAGACAGCUGCAGCCCUUGGAAUGCACCAGAAGAAACAUUUGUUCAAAAGCUCCAAGCAAGAGGAUAGAAAAGAUUAUCCAUUUCAUGAAAGCACUAAACCAUUUGCAAGUCAACACUUCAUUGACUCAGAUGGGCAGGAAACAGCUAAACCUUUACUAAGUCAAAAUGCAAUUGAUGCAGAUGGGCGUGAGGAAACUAGCAUUCAGAAUGAUACAUCAGAUGUUGGACUUUGAGUAAGAAAAACACACAACAGGCAAAGAAAACAUAAAGAGGAGACACCAGAAGUACGAGUACUUAAAUUAAUAGAUGAUAAUAAUAAUAAUAAUAAUAAUAAUAAUAAUAAUAAUAGUCUAGACUUAUGGAAGUUCUAAAACUUGAGGUAUUGCAUUUAAAUAUAUUUAAUAUGUUAUAUUACAUGAAAAAAUGUGCCAGAAAAAGCUAAAAUGAGAAUGUUAUAGAAGUAGACAUUUAUGUCUCAUAGAAGAAACAAAUAUGCCUAAUUUAAACAUGUUAGUAUAUUUUAAGUGAUUUCCCAUUGAGGUGGAUUAUGACUAGUUUAUUAAGAGUCUGAACCAUUCAUUCAUUCAUUCUCAUACAUGUGAGGAUGGAUUAUAAUAAAUCACUAUGUUACUAAGAGUGUACUGCAAGUGUGUCCCAGGCUUGUUAUAUAUUAGUGCUAUAGGUGGAUAGCUUGAUGACCUAUUGUGAUCACACAGCUGGAGAAGCCAGACAGUCCACAGGGCUGAAACCUCUUCCCUCCCUCCCACUCUCAUCCUUGACCAGGCGUGUAUACAACAGCAGUCAGUCCAUAACUUUCAUGUGAAAAUCCAUGCACAUCUCCCAUAUACAGCUAUUCCUUUUUCCCCCAAUGACCUGGCAAAAGCCCUGCAACAAAAUGUUUUCCUGCUUAGAGUUCAAUCAGAUAUCCUCCUCUAAGAUACCAUAUUCCAUUUCUGCUACCACCCAGUUUUUUGUGUCAUAAUUGUCAUUUAACAUUCCAUGGCCACUGAGUUCACUCAAUUCCUCAACUGGCUGUUUUGGUUUCCCCCUCUAAUUCUGCUUUGUUUUGUACUUCUGCAAACCUUUGAGCUCCCCUAUCCAUGCUGAUACCUCCCUUUUGGCAUGGAUGGGGCCAAAUAGGCUACUAAAGGAUCUGCAUUUGCCUCAGAACUUUAGAAACAGAGGGAACAAGUCUUGGAAGAUUCUUCAGCAGACAAUUAACAUCCAUCCUAUUAAGAAAAUAUUUGGUCUUUUCCAUUAGUUAUGCACUUUUAUUUAAUUUGAUCAGGCUCGAUGGCACUGCAUAUUAGGUAAUAUGAAGGGGAGGCUAAGCUGUCUUGAGAAUAGUGGAAAUGUCUUGUUUGGGGAAGAUGGGUUGUGUUUUCCUCACAAUCACUGGUAAGGCCUCUAGGGCUACAAAUUAAUAAUAGGGUUGAUAGGGAAAUAAAUAAAAAGGGGCCGAGGUCUCAAGAGAAAUAUUCAGGAAGACAAUAAUUUUAUGAAAUAUAUUAUGUCAGGAAAAAGAACAACAGACCUUUAAGAAAACAAUCCUAUGGUGGUGGAGAGAUUCUGUGGUAGAGCCACAUCUGAAGCCCAGCCAGCUAGCUAUGACCAUGCUGGGGCUCGCAAUGUUUAUUCUCUCUUUUAUUAUUCCAUUUUUAAUUGCUAUUCCCCCCCCCCAUUGAUGCUAAUGGAGGGAAAUUGCUAUGUCAGCACUAGGGCUGGUGUAGUUUUGGGUCCUUUUCAAGGACAUGCCAGGGAAAUGAGGGGGCUUAGGACCUCCACAGCCUCUGCAAACAUAUCUUUAUCAUCAUCAAAUUUAUUACCCAUCCUUCACUAGCAGGUUACAACAAUUUAAAAUUAAAAAGUUAAAACAGAUUGCAAUCACAGGAAUAGGAUGGGGCUAGAAAACACAUGUCUCAGGUGCCACAGGCUAUGGCAGGCAUGGCCAAACUGGGCCCUCCAGCUGUUUUGGGACUACAACUCCCAUCAUCCCUAGCUAACAGGACCAGUGGCCAGGGAUGAUGGGAAUUGUAGUCCCAAAACAUCUGGAGGGCCACGUUUGGCCAUGCCUCGGCUACGGUAAAGAGGUACCCUUGACACACCCCUGAAACAUUCUGUUUUCCCCUACACUCUUCCCCCCCCACACACACACUGCUGACAGGUCAUCCACACCCUUAGCAUUUUGCCUACGCAUAUGGGUGGCCUUUAGGAGCAUAAGUACCACCUGCUAACAGGCAACUCUGAAAGCAGAGUGGCACUUACUCAGCUUCCAACAACCCCUCCACUAGCUUCUGGCCUUCUUUAGGAUUGUCCUGUAGGGAUACAAAAAGGGAAAUAAAUACAUUUCAGAUUCUCAAGACAGUAGAAGCUCACAGAGCUGUAAGCAACUACGGGGUCCUUUGUUGUUGUCGUUUAGUCGUGUUCGACUCUUCGUGACCCCAUGGACAAGAGCAUGCCACGCACUCCUGUCUUUACUUUUACCUUUAAACAUUAACACUACCGUAGUGCUAAGGGGUUCCCCACAGCUAUAUGUACCCCAUACUGUCCCGAAAUCUCUGGAGGGUUGGAGGGAAACCUAGAACAGAUUUAGGGGUGUGCGCGGUGGAGGAAAUAGGAGAUGGUUCCAUUGCACAAGGAAAACUCCUUGUGCAAUAGCACAAUCUGCUUCGCGAUACAACCUUAUAGUCUACAUUUCAUAGAACAGGAAUGGUCUAAAAGAAUAUCCAUUAUACCACACCUGACACUGACCUUGUAUAUUAGUAUUUAGAUUCUCAGCUCCACCCAGCAUAGAGAGCUACUAAUGCACUUGCCUGCUUGUUUUAGGAGACAAUGCACAGGAAGUAACUAUUUCACACAACUGAAACCAGUAUUGAAGGAAGUUAAUUGUGCCCUGGGUUGUUCUACAGCUGCUUUGGUUUGAGACAGUUACAAUUGGGAAAUAUGAUUUUCAUGAGGUAUUUCAAAUAAGUAAAUUAUGACAUUUUCUCAAAUGACAUGUAUGCGAAUGAUUCUAAACCAAAGCCAAUAAUGUGUAAUAUUUAUAUAUAGCGAUAAUUUUAUAAUUUUCUAUAAUUGUGCAAAUAAUAUGGGAAAUAAUAGCUUCUGUUAUGUUUGAGGGCUUUGUAUAUUUUGAUAAAACACAAUAACUUUGUAAUUCUGUAUGUUCUCUACAAUUUAUAGAAAAGCAGUUUUAAGAUGGCAGCAUUGUGUUUAUAAUUAUUGGAAUUAUGUAAAAAUAAUGAGUAAAGUAUUACUAACAAACUAGAAUUAAAACAAGGUAGGAAUGAUGUUACAUAUUGUUAAGGACAGUGGUUUGCUACAUAAUGGUAUCUGUAUUUUUGUUUAAAAAACUAUUAAAAUCUGGUGUUCAGAACUAUGAGAAGAAUCCAGUUUAUUUUUUGCAAGAUUAAUGCUGAUGAUAAUAGGUUUCUUUCAUUAAACUAACCUGUAUUUAUUGUGUGUGUGUCUUCUCCCCCCUCCCCCAAUAAUAAUUUUAACCUUCUUUGCAUAAUAUACUUAGCCAGUUAUCCUCAAACUGGUCAAUCUGAAGGAACUGCAAUCAAGCUAGUGAUUUAUUAUGGAGAAAGUGAUUUGAAAGUGCCUUAUUUCCUUAUUAAUUUGUAUAUGCUAAUUGAAUAUGAAAACUGAAUAUGAAAAAAUAUGAUAAAACAAUCUUUUAAUUCCAAAUAUUUGGAAAAAAAUUAAUGCUAACCAAAUGGUGACUACUGAAUAUGCAUAAGAAGAUUCAUUUAGUCAUUUGGAUGACUGUGUAAGGACAGUGCUACUGUAUCUGAGGCAAAGCGUUAGAAUGAGGGUAGGAUGUCUGAUAAAUAUGGGUGGGUGGAACAUAAGGUGGUUUUAAUGGGAAAUGUUUAGAGUAAGUUUAGGGUUGGAGUGCAGAUAGCCAGGUAGACAGCCAAAUCCAGCCUCCAGGAACAUUCUGUCUGGUCUCCUCCAGCAAAGCUUCUGAUCCCAAGAAAUUCCAAAUAAAUAUUACUCAUUUCCCCUGAAGUGCAAAUCUUGGCAAAGGGGUCUUUAAAUUGCUCUCCAGUAGUGUGAACAGCAAAGGGGUGCUGGAAACUGUAGCUCUGUGAUAAAUAAACUCUUGUUCCCAGGAUUCUUUGGGGGAAGCAAGCUCGUCCCUCCAGAUGUUUUGGGACUACAAUUCCCAUCAGCCCUGACCACUGGUCCUGUUAGCUAGGGAUGAUGGGAGUUGUAGUCCCAGAACAUCUGGCGGGCCGAGUUUGCCUAAACCUGGCUUAAAUGAUAUAAAAGUGCUUUUAAUAUAUGGUGUGGAGCUCGCCUUUGGCAGAGCCCUCUAUUACAUAAGCCAGUCACACACAGAACAAGAGAAAGAUCAAUGUCAGCAGCUGAGGUACGUCAAGAAGGGUUCUGAGAAAGCUUUUGUGGCUGUUCAUACUGAG